ACCUCCUGUUUGUGGUUUUCUUACUGUUUUCUGGCUUUUCAGCUUGAAGUUGGAAUGUGACAAACUAGCCAGUGAGAAAUCGGAGAUGCAGCGUCACUACGUCAUGUAUUAUGAGAUGUCCUACGGGCUGAAUAUUGAAAUGCACAAACAGGCUGAAAUCGUCAAGAGGCUAAACGGGAUUUGUGCACAGGUUCUGCCCUACCUUUCGCAAGAGCAUCAGCAGCAAGUCCUGGGAGCCAUUGAACGGGCCAAGCAGGUUACGGCACCAGAACUGAACUCCAUCAUCCGUCAGCAGCUUCAAGCUCACCAGUUGUCGCAGCUCCAAGCCCUUGCUCUGCCUCUGACUCCGCUCCCUGUGGGCCUCCAGCCCCCGUCCCUCCCUGCCGUCAGUGCCGGCACUGGGCUCCUCUCGCUCUCGGCCUUGGGCUCUCAGGCUCAUCUCUCCAAGGAGGACAAGAACGGCCACGACGGGGAUGCCCACCAAGAUGAUGACGGGGAGAAAUCGGAUUAGAGUGAAUGGGGGCUGUCU